AUGGCUGAAGCUCAUUCAAUCUCUUCUCCCAUGGUUUCUAACUGCAAUUUGUCUAAACAUAGUGUUGAUGCUUUCCAUGAUCCUUUUCUCUAUAGGUCUAUAGUUAGUGCAUUACAAUAUGCUACUCUCACUAGACCUGAAUUUAGUUUUGCUGUCAAUAAGGUUUGUCAAUUUAUGGCUGCUCCUUUGGAUUCUCACUGGACUGUGGUGAAAAGGAUUCUAAGAUAUCUUAAAGGUGCUUUGUUUCAUGGUCUGCUCCUACAGCCUGCUUCUACUAAUAAUCCCUUGGCCAUUCGAGCAUUCUGUGAUGCUAAUUGGGCAUCUGAUGUGGAUGACAAGCGCUCCACCUCCGGGACUGCCAUUUUUCUUGGUCUAAAUUUAGUCUUUUGGUGGUCUCGCAAACAAAAGGUUACUGUCAGGUCUAGUACUGAAGCUGAAUAUCACAGCAUUGCUCAAACUUCCACUGAAUUGACUUAG